AUGGUGCUCGGCUGCAAACGCCGACAGCUCCAUCGUGGAAACAAGCAUUGCAAGGUUUCUGACAAAAUGAUAGUCACUGACGAUCCCGAGUCGACCUCCAUCUCGCACGGAGAUUCGUGGGGGAUCCUUGCCUUCCUGUGUGCCACGCUCUGGAACCUUCCUGUGGUGCCUGCCCUGAACAGCACGGACCAAGUGACUACCAGACAGUCCAUCCAGCAGACGUACGACCUCACUCGCUAUCUGGAACACCAGCUGCACGCGCUUGCGGCCACUUAUCUCAACUAUUUGGGACCACCUUUCAAUGAGCCGGACUUCGACCCUCCCCGGCUCAUCGGGGCAGAGGCUGUCCCCAGCGCUACGGUGGACUUCCAGCUGUGGCGCAGCCUGAAUGACAAUGCGCGGCUAGCAGCCAACUACCGGGCCUACAGCCACUUGCUCUGCUACCUGAGGGCCAUGGACGGAGCCACCCCGGCCGCCAUGCCGGCCUUGCACCACAGCCUGGCCCACUUCCGUGCCAGCCUGCAAGGGCUGCUGGGCUCUAUCGCUGGCAUCAUGGCUUCUCUGGGCUACCCGCUCCCGCCUCCAGUGCCUGAUGGGACACCCACCCCUGACAGCCACUUCCUGCGGAAGAUGGAUGACUUCUGGCUGCUCAAAGAGCUGCAGACCUGGCUGUGGCGCUCAGCCAAGGACUUCAAUAGGCUGCGCAAGAGGGUGCCACCUUCUGCCCUUAUGCUGCACCUCGAAACCAGGGGCUUUUGACCCCUGCCCGUCACCAUUCUUUAUCUCAUCACCUCAGCCACUGGUGGCGUACCUGCCCUUCAAAGGCCUAAGGUGUUUCAGUGCCUACGGAUCUACCCUCCCCUCCCAACCCACCUCAAAAAACGUCCCCCUCCCUCAUGGUGCUGCACCGCUCUCAUGUAUGAAGCUGUGCCUCUAGGUGAGCGCCCUCUCCUCGCCGACCCAUUCCCUUCGGUCCUCCCCCUUCGCUCCUUAUACUUUCCGUCUCCCUUCCUUCCCAGAGGGGACUGUUUGUUUCCCAGAAGGAGAGGAAGCACCCUGCUCCCUCCCACCUCAGUGAUGAGCAAUAAAGCCCUGGCUGCCGGGCAGCAAACAUCUGGCAGCCUCCACCUCUGACUCUCCAGCGCCUUCGUUUGCUCUCCCCGGAGCCUCGGAGGCUCCUGCAUUCCCUUUGGAAGGGAUGGGGCCAGCGAGGAGGAGGCAUUACAGCCAGGCCUCCCACGGGUGAGGCUGGGCAGUUCUGAGGGAAGCACUCCACACAGUCACCGAGGCCACGAGUCCUCUCUGCCCGCUUCUACUUCGCCUUGCGUGCCGUGGCAGGCCAGCCAGUGGAGCUGGGGGCUUCACACGGACACCAGCUAGGGAGGGGAGAGGGGAGGAGAUGGGAGAGUUUCCCCACAGACGGCCCCAUACUCCGGUCUCUCUCCUCCCGUCUCUGCUCACCCCCCGUCCC